CGUACUUGGAUUGGCUGGUAUACAGUACAGCAGGCCAGCGGGGAUGGAUGCCGUGGAGGCGGAGGAGCAGCAGACAGAGCCUCCCGACGAGGAGGAAGAAGAAGGCUUCGUCGAGAAAGACCCUACCGGACGAUUCAUCCGUUACGAUGAGAUCGUAGGAUCAGGGGCUGUCAAGAUUGUCUAUAGAGCCUUCGACAAGCUGGAGGGUGUUGAGGUUGCAUGGAGCCAAUCAAGGAUCAAUGACUCUGUCAUGGUUUGCUCACAAAAGUUGGACCAGCUAAACAUGGAGAUCCAGCUGCUGAGGACAUUCAGGCACAAGAACAUUGUCAAGUUGUUUGCCUCUUGGAUCGAUGAGGACAAGGGGAUUGUAAACAUCAUCACAGAGUACUUCACAUCAGGCAGCUUGAGACAAUAUCGCACAAAGCACAAGAAAUUGGACAUGAAGGCUAUGAGACGUUGGGCGAUACAGAUACUGACCGGGCUAGAAUACUUACAUAGUCAGAAUCCGGCCAUCAUUCAUAGGGAUUUAAAGUGUGAUAACAUAUUCAUAAAUGGAAAUCAUGGAAAAGUGAAGAUUGGUGACUUUGGUUUGGCGACAUUCAUGCAACAACAGAAAACACGAAGUAUAAAAGGGACAUUGGAAUUUAUGGCACCAGAGCUCUACACUGGGAAUUAUAAUGAGCUUGUGGACAUAUAUGCUUUUGGGAUGUGCAUGCUUGAACUGGUGACUUGUGAACAUCCUUACAGUGAAUGUCAAGGCAUUGGCCAUAUAUUCAAGAACGUUUCGGAAGGUAAAAAGCCAGCUGCUCUCUACAAGGUUAAAGAUGUGGAGGUAAGAUCCUUCAUAGAGAACUGUUUAGCUCCAGUGGAUGAGCGACUCUCUGCGAGUGAGCUCCUUAAGAGUUCUUUCCUCCAGAAAGAUAUAUAUGGUUCUCUUUCAGCACCUCCAGUUUCAGUCUCCCUGGUUGAGAUCGAGAAUGUGACUAGAGAUGGUGAUCAGUGUGACAGUUUUGUGUUUCGGAAGGGAGAAUUCCUGCUGAGAGGAAACAUGGAAGUUACCAACCCUGUCCAUCUGCUGCUAAGAUUUCCUGAUCCAACACUUUUAGGUGGUUUCAAAGUUGCAGAGUUCCCAUUGGACGUGGCUAAGGAUACAGGCCUUUCUGUUGCCACGGAAAUGGCUGAGCAGGUUCAGCUACCACAAGGGAGCAUAGAGAUCAUUACAGAGUUGAUUGGUGCUUUCCUGCUCGUCCUGAUUCGUUAUUGGAAAUCUUGUGUUACCACGCCAUGAUAUAACCUUUGCUUCCCCAGUGGUUUGCACAUAUAUGUAUCUUUAGUAUUAUUAUCGUUUUUGUUUCAUUGAAUAGGGGCAGAGCCUCUUUUGUGUACAACAGUUUACAGUUCCUGCGAGAUGGUGCUGCUUAGCAUGGAAUCGUCAGUUGAUGAUGACGAAAUUUUAUAUAGUAGAGUGGAUGCAGCUAUUAUUGACAGCAGCAGAGAAUUGAGAACAAU